AUGAAACUACUAUUGACUAUACGGAAACCAUUGGUAACUCCACGAAUAUCGCAAUGUUCAAUUACUCGUAUAACCAUCUUUAGAAACUAUUCAUCAACACCUACCAAAAAAACUGAUCCAUUACCCAAACCUACAAUUCGUUGGUUCUAUGCGCUGGACGUUCCUAUUUCCAAACCAGAUUGGUAUAAUUAUGAAAAAUCAAAAGAACCAGAAUCAUUCAUUCCAUUUUCAGAUUAUGACUCGAAAAAUUUGGAACAUCAUUUUAUUAAAAAUCGCCAAGAUAAAAUAGUUGAAGUUAAUGAAGAUAAAUUAUUUCAAGUUGAUUUACAAAAUUUUGAAUUAUCUCCUGUUUAUUGGGAAGGUCCUGUUUAUGAAGUUAGAAGAGGAUUAUGGUUUAAUCCAGAUGGUAUUCCAUUGAAUGCAAAAGUUACUGAAGAAAUUGAAAAAGAAUAUGAACGAUUAAAACCAUAUUUGUUUGAAGGAGAAACCAUCACCAAUGAUCAAAGCAACAAGUUAAAGAAAAUCUCAAAUAAAGGAAAUAAAGAGAAGAUCUCUCAGUUUAAUAAAUACAAGCAAAAGAAUACUUCAACAGUCACGGAACAAAUACAAACUGAGAUUAAAGAACAAACAGAAUCAGUUGAUUUUGCAACUCAAAAAGAUGUGGCUAGAUUAAGUAAUGGACAGAUAGUGUUAUUUUUCAAUAAAACCAAUGCUGUGCUUUUCCCAGGAGAUUAUGAUUCAAAUUUUCAAAUAGAUGUGAUUAGAUAUUUUGGUCCAAAACCACUGUCACUUUUAGGUGUCACCCAUAUUCAAAGAGGUUAUAGUGAAGAAUUACAGGAAUCAUUUUUUGACAAAUUACCUGAAAACCCACUACCUGGUAUUUCUGAUGCAUUCAAAUCUGAGAUUGGUUCAAUUAUAGGUGGAAUUGGUGGAAGUAAAGAUUCACAAGAAGGAAAUGAUGCGAAUCCUGAGCAAGUAAAUCUCCAAUUAGGAGAUGAUAAUGAAGUUGAUGAUUUGAAUAUGCAAAAGAUAUUUGAAUCUGAUUAUGAUUUACAAACAUCACGCUCAAAAUCCAAUAGAGAAAUUGAUCAUUUAGUGUUGUGUAUUCAUGGUAUUGGUCAAGUUUUGGGAAGUAAAUAUGAAUCGAUUAAUUUUACUCAUAACAUUAAUAUCUUGAGAAACACCAUGAAGAGGGUAUAUCAAGAGAAUGACGAAUACAAGAAAUUAGCAUAUAAUGAAGAGGACUCUAAAACGGACACCAGUAAUAAUAGGAUCCAAGUUUUGCCAAUUUCUUGGAGACACAGAGUUGGAUUUAAUCCACAAGAGAAGUUUGACAAUGAUAAACCAUCUAGACUUCCUUCAUUAUCACAGGUCAAUGUUGAAGGGAUUAGUGCAUUACGUGACGUAGUUGGUGACGUAGUAUUGGACGUUCUUUUAUUCUACCAACCAAGAUACUUGAACCAGAUAAUUGCUGCUGUUACUUCAGAAUUGAAUCGUGUUUAUCAGUUAUACAAGGAAAGAAAUCCAAAUUUUAAUGGGAAAGUUCAUAUAAUGGGUCAUUCAUUAGGAUCUGCUAUUGCAUUUGAUAUAUUAUCAUCUCAACCAGAAAUAAUACCAAGUAAUCCAGAUUUAGAAAAGAUGUUGACGUUUGAUGUUGAGAAUUUAUUCCUUGUAGGUUCACCAGUGGGGAUGUUUAAAUUACUAGCAGAGAAAAACAUCCAAGGUAGAAAUUCACCUGAUUUCACACCUUCUUCAGAGGAUCAAUUUGAUUCACCUAAAUGUACAAAUUUGUAUAAUAUUUUCCAUCCAUGUGAUCCUGUUGCCUAUAGACUUGAACCUUUGGUUGUUCCUCAAUAUGGUGAUUAUAAACCUGCAGAUAUCAAGUUCGCUGUUAAAGGGUUUAAUACCCAAAUAAAAGAGUUGGCUAGUUUGGGAGAUGAAUUAUCAGAAAAAAUCUCAUCAGCUGCAAAAUGGUUAACCAGUAGUAAGAAAACAGGAAAGGAAAAAUCCGUUGAAGAGAUUGCAAAUAACGAAAAUGCACUUGGUGAUAUAAUUAAAGGUAUACUCAUGGAUGCACAUACACAGCAUGAAGAAGAAGAAAAAGAAGCACAUCAUCAACAUAAUUCCAACACGUCCUCUAGUGGACAAAACAAGAUAAUUGUGGGUAAAAAUCUUCAAAAGAUGAUUGCCUUGAAUAAAGCAGGUAGAGUUGAUUAUAGUUUACCUGUUGGUGUAUUAGAUUUUUCAUUGGUUUCUGCCGUGAGUGCUCAUGUUUCAUAUUUUGAAGAUCAAGAUACUAGUGGCUUUAUCAUGAAUGAACUUCUUAAAGGACCAAAAAACCCUGUUGACAAAAUAAUCCUAACACACAAGUAG